CACGCCCCCUCCGCCCACCCGUGGCGCUUCCGCCCCGCGCGCGGGAACGGCGCGAGGAGCGCGCGGAGCCGUGACCCCGCGGUGACCCCACGGUGACCCCUCCGUGACCCCGCUCAUGGACGGGGAGGGGGAGGGGGAGGGGGAAGGCGCGUCCGCCCCGCCGGGCGCUGCCGCCCUGCUGUACCUGCCGGACGGGUCGGCGCUGCCGCUGCCGCUGGAGCCGCCCCCGGGCCCCACGGCCGCGGAGCUGCUGCGCCGCCUGCAGGGGGCGCUGCGCCUCCCGCCCGCCGCGGGGGACGCGCUGGCGCUGUGGCUGGGGUCGGAGCUGCUCGAGGUGCAGCUGAAGCCGCGGCACCGACCCCUGCGCCUGGUGCGGCACUGGCCGGAGCUGCUGCUGCGCUUCAGCCUCGGCUCGCCCGCGGCCAUCGCCCAAGAUGAGCCGUGUCUGCAGCUGCGCAGGAACGUGUUCUUCCCGAAGAACCGCGAGCUGGAGCUGCAGGAGGAGGAGCUGCUGCGGUUGCUCUAUGAGGAGGCGCGGGAGCAGCUGAGGGGGGGUCGCUACCCCGUGGACCCCCCCGAGGCGGCCGAGCUGGGGGGGCUCAGCUGCCGCCUGCGCCUGGGGCCGUUCGAGCCCGGCCGGCACACGGAGCUCAGCCUGCGGCCGCUGCUGGGGGAGCUGCUGCCGCCGGGUCCUCCGGCCCGCUGGGGGGCGCUGUUCCGGCGCUCGCGCGAGCCGGGCCCCUCCCAGCGGCUGCUCGAGGCCUUUGCGCGUGCGCCGGGCCCCGAGGCGCCCCCUGCCGGAUUGUACCGGGACUUCCUGCGGCGCUGCCACGCCCUGCCCGGCUACGGGUGCGCCUUCUUCCCGGGAGCCAUUGAGCGACCGUCGGGGGGGCUGCUGGGCCGGGGGGGGCUGCGCCCCGUCAGCGUCGCCGUGGGGCUGGAGGGGGUCACCAUCAUCGACCCCCGCCAGAAGCACGUGCUGCUGUCCCUGACGUACCCCGAGCUGUGCUGGGAGCUGGUGGGGGCCGUGGGGCAGGACGGGGACCCCGCGGGGCAGGAGGGGGACCCCUCAGAGCCCCCCCAGCUCUGGCUCGAGUUCGAUGGGGACCACGAGGGAGCCCCCGUGAACCGACUGCUGCGGGUGUUCUCCCCCCAGGCGGAGCUGAUGAGCGCCCUCAUCGAGUGCUGCAUCGAGCUGGGCGGGGCGGCCCCGCCCCCCGAGGAACAAGCCCCGCCCCCCGAGGAACAAGCCCCGCCCCCCGCCGCUGCUGCAGCCGCGGCCCCGCCCCCCGAGCCGGGCCGCGCGCGCGGCGCCCCCUUGCGGCGGCAGAAGAGCGUGACCGAGCCCCGCCUGCAGCGCCUCGCGACCAUCGACUACGUGCGGGAGGGGCAGGAGCUGCGGCGGGUGAAGCCCCCCCGGCGCUCCGCGUCCUUCUUCAGCCGGGGCGGGUCUGGGGGCGGCUCCUACGGCCCCGUGGCGGGGGGCUCGGGGGGGGCCGGGCCCGAGCAGGGCUGAGCCCCCCCAAACCCCUCCCAGUUCACACGGGGAGCCCCCGAGACCUCCCUCUCUUUGUACCCCCCAAUAAACUGCACUGCCCCCCGGGCGGGGUUUGGUGGAAUUUGGGACCUUUUGGGGAAA